GCCAGCAUCUAUCCUUCGAUAUCUAUUCUACUUCAGUGUCUAUUCCACUUCGAUACCUAUUGUUUCGAUACCUAUUCCUUCGAUACCUAUUCCUUCGAUACCUACUCUGAUCUGUUGUACAUUACUCACUGCUUGCUUCUUAUAAAUCUAUCGACUUCAGCUGCAUUGUAAGAUGCCCACAUGUCUUCAGUGAUUAAUACUGAACCAGCCCUCCAAGACCAAAACUCCCGCUCAAUCUCCAAGAUGUCUCAAUCUGGAAACUCUGGAAACGAUUCCCAAAAAGGAAAGGAGCCGUUGCCAGCACCCAAGCCACAACGCCACUUUAAUCAACCUAUCUAUGGUCCAGAAGUCAUAAACCCCUUCGCGCCGAAACAGCCGGCCGACUACAGCGAGCUCACAGAGCCAGCGAAGGCCCAUGAAAAAUCCCUCGCCAGCAAACUGGGCGAGGCGGAAGUCUUCAGGAAAGCCAAAUAUGACGCCUUUACCAGCGCAGCCGAGGCUGGUAAGCGGAAAACCGACUGGAGAUGCUGCAGGUGCUCCUUGUUCUACGAGGGUUCGGUAGAACUAUGCGAUAAUUGGGAGGCCCAUACGCAGCCAAAAGCGUAUAAGCACUUCCAUGACCGCUGCGGCGCGUGCCCGCCCGCUUUAAAGCCGGAGCUGGAAAGAGUCGCGACGCCGCAUCCGGACGCUGAGGAGAUUGAGAUCAAGGAUGCCAUAAAUGAUUAUGAGGAGCUGGAAUUGGAAGGUGCCCAACAAUUCUGAUGAGUAUAGGCGAGGUUGCUUUGGCCUUGGAGUACUCGGGCAGCAGAAUUCGAAGAACCCGUCGGGGCCCGAGUAGAUCUGGUUUUAUGCAUAGUUGGCGUUUCCUCUUUUAACCGUAGGUGGCUUAGGCUCUUGUAUCAUUGUAGUGUCGAGAGAUCGGUAUUGGGGCUGGUCGGCAAACGGCAGUA